GCCGCGGGCCUUAGGUGUGUAUACAAGAAUCACAGUAAUAAAGAGGGAGGGAGAGGCCGCCAGAGACCCCGGCGACCCGAAGGAUGCUGCUGCGGUGCCGCUGCUAGAGGAUUGAACUCUGCCGAGACUCUCUCACUCCCCUUCUCUCUUUCCCCCUCUUCCUUCUCUGCAGAGGGGUCCCGGCCGGGAGUGAGGCCCUUCCACCCUCUAUCUCCACCUCCUCCUUUCCUUCCCGGCUGCGGGAAGCCCCUCUCCAUGAUGCAGGCUCGCUACUCCGUCUCGGACCCCAACGCUUUGGGAGUGGUGCCUUAUUUAAGCGAGCAGAACUAUUACCGGACGGCGGGGACGUACGGCGGCAUGGGCAACCCCAUGAGCGUCUAUUCGGGCCACGCCGAACAGUACGCGGCGGGGAUGGGGCGCUCCUACGGACCUUACCACCCCCAUCAACCCGCAGCCCCAAAGGACCUGGUGAAGCCACCUUACAGCUACAUCGCCCUCAUCACCAUGGCCAUCCAGAACGCUCCCGACAAGAAGAUCACGCUCAAUGGGAUUUACCAGUUCAUCAUGGACCGCUUCCCUUUCUACCGCGAGAACAAGCAGGGCUGGCAGAACAGCAUCCGUCACAACCUCUCCCUCAACGAGUGCUUCGUCAAAGUCCCCCGCGACGACAAGAAACCGGGCAAAGGCAGCUACUGGACGCUGGACCCCGAUUCUUACAACAUGUUCGAGAACGGCAGCUUCCUGCGCCGCCGGAGACGCUUCAAGAAGAAAGAUGUCUCCAAGGAGAAAGAGGAGGCUCGGGAAAGGCUGCUAAAAGAGCAACCCAAACCUCCCGGGCUGGCCGGUACCGAUCUCCCUAAGGAAGCUUCCUCCUCCUCUUCCUCUUCCUCCACCUCUGCACCGACCUCGGAGAAGAAAGUGGUGAUCAAGAGCGAGACGGCAUCUCCCGAGCUCCCGGUCAUCACCAAGGUGGAGACUCUGAGCCCGGCCAGCGGCGGGGCCCUGCGGGACAGUCCCCGCAGCACCGCCUCCCCCCCCCGCGCCGCAUCCCCCGAGGGUUCCUUACCGGAGCAUCAUCCCGCCGGCAACGGGCUGCCCGGGUUCAGCGUGGAGAGCAUCAUGACCUUAAGGACUUCCCCCGGGGGGGAUCUCAGCCCGGUGAGUGCCACCUCGGGCAGGACGGGAGCCGGGAUGCCUCUGGGCUACCCGACGGGGCAACCGUCGGGCUACAGCGCGGCGUGUAGCCAAACCCUGGACACUAGUGGGAGCUACCACUGCAGUAUGAGGGCCAUGAGCCUCUACAGCGGCGAGAGGACGGGCCACAUGUGCGUCCCCCCCGCACCGCUGGAGGAAGGCUUGGCAGAGCAUCCCACGGGGGCUCCUUCACCCCUCGGGACCCUGAGUCUGCCGUCUGGGCAAGAAGGUGCGCUGGGAAGCGGGCAUCCUCACGGUGGAGGAGGAGGAGGAGGAGGUGGUGGGGCGGCGGGAGGGGGGCAACCCACCGCCUCCUGGUACCUUAACCACGGGGCUGAGCUGAGCCACCUGCCCGGUCAUACUUUUGGUUCUCAACAGCAGACUUUUCCCACCGUACGGGAAAUGUUCACCUCGCAUCGCUUGGGGAUGGAGAGCGCUUCGCUCAGCGAGCAUCAGGUGAGCAGCAACUCCGCCUGUCAGAUCCCCUACAGGUCCGCUCCCUCCCUAUACCGCCACGCCGCCCCUUACUCCUACGACUGCACUAAAUACUGAGUAGCCGCCACCCCUUGCCUAGGGCCAUCCGACAGCAACAACAACAAAAAAAUAUUAAAAAGCAUAUUGUUAAUGAUUAUUAUUAAAAAAUAAUCAGGAAAACCAAAACCGCGUUAAAAAAAAAAAUUAAAUCAUAAUCUGACCGUAUCCUCAUGGACCUGGGGGGGGGUUCUAUAGAGUUUGUAGAUCCCAAAGUCCCAUUUCGGGCCUUCUAAAAAUUCCAGGAAAGUAUAUUCUACUUGAAAAGAGGGAUCUUAAAGAAAAAAAAAUAGAAAAAAAAAGGAAAAAGAAAAAAAAUGAAAAAAAAAGUUUUAAAAAGGAAUAGUUAUAUAUAUAUAUGUCUAUCUAAAAGUGGCAAAUUUUAUAUGCUAAAGUAUAGGGGGUCUCAGAAAAAUAAGUUAUGGACCAAUAUCACAACGACCAUUUAUACGUUUUAAAAGGAAAAAAAAAAAAGUAUAUAAAUAUAUAUAUAAAUAUAUGUCCUGGGUAUUUUUGAAGUUCUCUGUUUUGCUGUAAAAAUGUGUGGAUUUCUAAUCAGGCUGAUUUUCAGAGCCAUUAAUAUAAUAUUUAAAGUUGAGUUCACUGGAUUAUUUUUUGUGUCUCGCCCAACGAUUCCUAACUUCCAAAUUAAUGACAAGUGAUUCCUUCUCCUUGUUCUUCUGUGUACAAUUAUGCAAUAGAGUUCCUUUCGUUUUAGAGCUGUUCUUUUCACAAGACGAGGAAAUAAUUUAUUUUUCGCUGGUGGAUAUUUUUUUUUUUUUUUUUGAAAAGAAAAAAAAAAAGACGAAGUAUCUGAUACUUUUUUUUUUUAUAUUAUUAUUAUUAUUAUUAUUUACGACGUGUGAUGUUUUGUAUAAUAGAUUUCACCUUGACCAUUCCUAAGAACUAUUUGCUUUAACCUGCUUCAAAGUUCGUUUGUCUUAUGUGGUCUUAAUUGUUGUACUUACCUUAAAAUAAAUCCAUGCUGGUUUUUUCUGCUCCAA